AUUAGCUCUAUAAAUUAAAGAAGAAGAGCGCUUGCGCUGUCUGCCGCCUCCGCUCCUUCCCCAUUGCUGAAGGCUCAGUGGCAUCCAUCGUCGACGUCGAGGCGCUCCUGCCGGCGGCCAUGGAGAUACAGCAGCUCGACGACUACUCUCCGGCCAAGCUUGCCAGCCUUGCUCUUGCGCCCAGAAAAGGGCGUACGGACUCCAAGGAGGGCAGCUGGAGCGCGCCGGAGAAGCCGGUCGAGGACUGGCGUGCCAUCAACUCGAGGAGGAACGCCAAGUGGUGGUACGCCGCCUUCCACAAUGUCACCGCCAUGGUCGGCGCCGGCGUGCUUAGCCUUCCCUUCGCCAUGUCCGAGCUCGGCUGGGGGGUUGGCAUCACGGUGCUGGUCCUGUCAUGGAUCCUCACGGUGUACACCCUGUGGCAGAUGGUGGAGAUGCACGAGAUCGUGCCGGGGAAGCGGUUCGACCGGUACCACGAGCUGGGGCAGCACGCGUUCGGCGAGAAGCUGGGCCUCUGGAUCGUCGUGCCACAGCAGCUGGUGGUGGAGGUCGGCCUGAACAUCGUCUACAUGGUCACUGGCGGCCAGUCCCUGCAGAAGUUCCACGACUUGGUCUGCCACGGCAGGUGCAAUAACAUCAAGCUCCCCUAUUUCAUCAUGAUCUUCGCCUCCGUCCAGUUCGUGCUCUCCCAGCUCCCCAACUUCCACUCCAUCUCCAGCAUCUCCCUCAUCGCAGCCGUCAUGUCAGUCAGUUACUCGACGAUUGCAUGGGCUGCAUCAACACAUCAUCACAAGACAAAUUCGGCAGAGGUGGACUACAGCCUUCGUGCAACGACGACGCCCGGCAAGGUGUUCGACUUCUUGGGGGGACUGGGCGACGUGGCGUUCACAUACGCGGGGCACAACGUGGUGCUGGAGAUCCAGGCCACCAUCCCGUCGACGCCGGAGAAGCCGUCCAAGAAGCCCAUGUGGAAGGGCGUCGUCGUCGCCUACAUCAUAAUCGCCGCGUGCUACUUCCCUGUUGCGCUCGCCGGCUACUGGGCCUUCGGCAACCAAGUGGAUGAGAACAUCCUCAUCGCCCUAAACAAACCCAAGUGGCUUAUCGCCGUCGCCAACAUGAUGGUCGUCGUCCAUGUCGUUGGCAGCUACCAGGUCUAUGCGAUGCCGGUAUUCGACAUGAUAGAGACGGUGCUAGUGAGGAAGUUUUGGUUCACUCCAGACCUGAGGCUCCGUCUGAUUUCCCGGACUGUCUAUGUUGCGUUCACAAUGUUCAUAGCCAUGACCUUCCCCUUCUUCAGUGAAUUGCUCAGUUUCUUCGGUGGAUUUGCCUACGCGCCAACAACUUAUUUCCUUCCCUGCAUCAUGUGGCUCAAAAUCUGCAAGCCGAAAAGAUUCAGCCUCUCAUGGUUCGCCAACUGGACGUGCAUUUUUAUUGGAGUGCCACUGAUGAUCCUGGCACCGAUUGGAGGUCUCCGGCAGAUCAUUUUGAGGGUCAAGACAUACAAAUUCUACCAAGACUACCAUGGUUUAAGCCAUUAGCCAUAGUUAACAGAGCUCAGCAUGUCUCAGGCCAUCAUUAGCAUUUUUAAAAAAAUUGUACCAUAAAAUUCCUCUUUUUUUUGUUUCUGGCAUGAUAAGGGAAAUUGACAUCAUCAUGUAUUGUAAUUUGCCCGUGGAAAUGCGAGUUUUAUGCCAUGCAAAAAAAAUACGAUAAUAUCGCUGAUGAUCGAAUUCAGAUCUAGUUCGAGC